CCUUUAUUAUAUUUUAUUUUUGGUGCUUUCUGUUUUACCAAAUUACACACACAAACUCAAUAAUGGCUAGAUGCAGCAUGCCAUCUGCUGCUUCAGGUUUCAUGUUAACACCUAACGUUGCAGCCAAUACUAACACAAGUUCAAGGGGUAUCAUGGUCUUUUUUCCUUCAAAGAACAACACCAACAAUUCAAGGCUUGUAGUCAGGGCAGCUGAUGAGGGUGGUGCUUCUGCUCCGGCCGCCGCCACCACAGCUAAAGGUGAUGCUCUAAAACCUAAGACACCGCCAAUUGGACCCAAGAGAGGAACUAAGGUAACUUGAUCAUUAAAUUUUGUUAGUU